AUGUCAGGGUGCCCAGAACCCCUAGAACGUAUCUUCCGCCAGGUAGAGGAGGAGAGCGAGAGGCGUGCAGAGGAGGAGCUGAAACGAGCGGAGGAGCUGGACAAGUUUGUCCAAGAGUCGACGACAGUGCGGAAGACCAGGACGAGGCGGCGGGGGAGUAUCUCAAUUUCGAGGCUGGGACAGUUCACUGUGGAGGAGAUGGAAGACCUGGCUAAAAGCCCUUCAGGACCCGCUUCUCCGAAAGGCUUCUCGAUAGCUUCGACUUCGCCGUUCUAUCAGGCCCAGAUUGCUAACGCCAGUACGAGCUCGGUAGCCUCCGGUGCCUCCGCCUUCUCGAACGACGAAGCGCACACAGAAGACCUGAGCCAGGUCAUCCAAGUGCAACAGAUCCCGUCCAAAACGAGUACAAUCUCAAAGAUACUUCCACGGCGACUCAGCCGCGCGCGCUCGUCGUCCGUCAUUCCAAGUAGCGAAGGCAACGUCGUCCCAAUAGGCAUUGGCGUGUCUGUGCAAGAGACGACGGUCCACUCGUCGGCGGCGAGCAUUGCGGAGACCGAGUCGCGUGGUCCCUCACGCCGGGCUAGCGUGCAUGCACCACGAAUGCUCAAGUCCCAACCAUCGAAAGCGUCGCUGAAAGGCUCGACGACAUCCAACGCUACUGGAUGGGUCGCCCGUGCACGCGGUUUCACCCAAAAGUUCAGGCGGAAGAGCAAGCAAAACUUUGGCGAUGACUCGGUUCAAGCGCAAUGA